AUGUCGACGCGCAAGAGAAAGCAGGAAGCUGAGCAGGAGGAGGAGCUUCAGGCUCUCCCCUCUGAUGUGAGCGAUGAGGAGGACGACUACGAGUCAGAGGGCUCCGAAGUCUACGACGACGAAGACGGCGAUUCGGAGGAAGAGGCGAAGCCUGCUCCAGCAACGGCUCCAAAGGCCAAGAAGCGCAAGACCGCUCAGCCGGAGGAGGUUUCGGACGAAGAAGAGCCAGAGGUAGACGACGAGGCAGCUACUCCUGACGAGGAGGAGCAGUCUGAGCCGGAGGAGGAGUACGACGAGGACGCUGAGGCCGAUACUGCCGAGAAGAGCGGCCCUGCUGCAGCCGCAAAGGCGAGGAAGGGCGGUACGGUGCCGAAGGAGGCUGAUUUGAAGGAGGUGGAGAGCGACGAUGAUGACGAGUAA